AUGGAGGAAUCAGAGCUGCUGAAGGAGAGGAUCCAGGCCAUCACAGACAAGAGGAGAGUGCAGGAGGACAUUGCCAAGAAGAGGAGACUAAUCGAGGAGGAGAAGUUACAACUUCAGUACAUAAAGGUGCUCUUGAAAGAAGGCUCUGAGGGAGCAGUGGCUGAUGGACGGCCUGAGUCCGCAGACCGGGGAGGAUCUGGAGGCGCAGCGGCUGCAGGCCCAGGGGGAGCAGGAGCAGACCGUCCAGCUGCAGAGCAACAUCGACAGAAUAGAGAAGGAGAUCGAAGACCUGGAAACCCACGAGUGAACAUCUCCGCCAAUGAAGAAGUGAUCCUGAAACGCUUGAAAGAGGUUGAGAGGACAGACGAGGACAUCAUAAAGGACGCCAACACCGGAGAGAGAGAGCUGGAUGGGCACCAAGCGACGGGAGGCUGCAGUAGCCCUGAGAACACCAACCUGAACGGCACCAGCUACUUCACAGACACGGUCGCCAUGGAAACGGCCGAACACUCAGACAUUGCAGCUCCGGCAGAUCGCGAGGUGGAACUCGCCACGGACACCGUGGAUGGAGGAGAGAUGCAGGUGAGCCCGGGCGACGAGCAGGAACAGAUCCGUGCGGAGACGGAUCCGACGGACGCCGCCGGAGAAGACCUGCUGGACCUCUUCCCUGACCCGCCCCCCGACGCAAUGGAGCCUGAAGACCUAGAGGACGAGGAGAGCAGUCUUUGUGGCGACACAACGAGUCUGGACCACAAGGACUCCCCCUGUCCCGGUACAGGACACGACGAGCUCAACAGGAACGAGUCCAUCGCCUCGUCUGUAUCCGACACGCUGUCCAGCGCCGACAGCGUCUAUGAGAACGAGGCUCACCGUAAGAGACCAGACCCCCAGGAGCCGGAACCAGAGCCCAGCCCUGGAGAGGACCUGCCCCCUGGACCUCAAGACCAGGAGGACCUUCUCCCUGGAACCCAAGACCUGGAGGACCUGCUCCCUGGACCCGAAGACCAGGAGGACCUGCCCCCUGCCCCCCUAGACCUGGAGGACUUGCCUCCUGCACCCCUUGACCAGGAGGACCUGCCCCCUGGACCACAAGACCAAGAGGACCAAGACCAAGAGGACCUGCCACCUGGACCCCUAGACCAAGAGGACCACGACCAGGAGGACCUGCUCCCUGGACCCCCAGACAAGGAGGACCAAGACCAAGAGGACCUGCCACCUGGACCCCUAGACAUGGAGGACAAAGACCGGGAGGACCUGCUCCCUGAACCCCUUGACCAGGAGGACCUGCUCCCUGAACCCCUAGACCAGGAGGACCUGCUCCCUGAACCCCUAGACCAGGAGGACCAAGACCAGUUCGCCCCUGAAACCCGAGAGGACCCUGUGAGUCCCGACUUCCCGUUAGAUGCUCCGACCGGGGAGGCAGAGGAUUCGAACCUGGGUCAUUACAUCAACGAAGAUGCCCUGUCCGAUGCCUCUAAUGAGUCCUACCACGACCUGGAGGCCGACGAGUGCCUGAGGGUGGAGAUCGCCGUGGCCUCGUCCGACAGCGACACGGACGAAAAGUGGAGGGCGAUCUUCUCCUCUUCCAUCAACAGAGAGGACGAUGACUCGUACCUGGACGGCCUCCAGCUGAGCGCCCAGGAGCUCUUUGUGCAGAAGGUAGAGGUGAGCGACACUGAGGAAGAGGAGGACCACGCUCCGACAGAGGAAACCCCCUUUGAGGAAGAGCCGGGACGAGGUGCUGGAGCAGCCCAUCGACGUGGUGUCCUUCUCUUCUCCCUCCCAGGAGGUCCUGUACAACCCCUUAUCCCAGCCGGGACUGUCCAAAAUCUCAGAGGACGACGGCGAAAACGGAAAGGUCCCUUUCAACCGCGGCCACCUCCUGCCCUCCCCACCUCUGAGCGCCGACCACACCAAGAAGCUGCCCAAGGACUUCUGUGUGAUCCAGGAGACCAAGAGCGAGAACGUCAGCAACGAGCACGUGGACUUCCAGGUGGCUCGCAACAAUGGCUGGAGAUGGAGGAGCAGAGCAAGAAGCAGAUCGUGUCGCCCACCGCCAAGACGCCUACCCUCCAGGGCAGCCACAGCUUCAUGUACACGCCGUCCGCAACGUGGAGAGGCCUCAGAGGAGGGAGCACUCCCUGGAGAACCUGAGCCUGGUCGGAGACUACCCCCUGACCCAGUUCAGCCCCUGCUCCGAGGACUCCGGUCUGGACGACCUGAGCUACCGGUCCCCCUUCGAGGACCCGGAGACCCCGGUGGAGAGGGAGGUCCGCGCGGCCUUGGAGCGGGACGACCACUUGAGGAAGGGGAGGGGCUUCUCCAAGAUGGGCAAGUCGACGGACUGCCCCGUCGCGGGGUCUCCCCCGGUCCAUCAGCACCCGCUGACGCCUCUUUCGUCAUCACCUCCUCGCCCUCCAAGGGCCCGGAGCCAC